AUGGAUCUCUCAAAGCAUAUUGAAUGUCUUUCACAAUGGCCAACCCAUUUGUCCCCGGGCUUGCCGACUAUCUGUGCCUUGUCGCUCCUUGUAACCGGUGGACUGGUUGUCGCCUGUAAGGUCUGGAGCUUCUUGCGGGUAAUUCUGAGCCUGUUCGUCCUUCCAGGAAAGCCGUUGCGUUCCUUCGGUCCCCCUGGUAGUUGGGCUGUCGUUACCGGUGCCUCCGAUGGCCUGGGUAAGGAGUUCGCGCUGCAGCUUGCAAAGGCCAAGUUCAACGUCGUUCUCGUGUCACGAACCGAGUCAAAGCUUGUCGCACUGGGAGAGGAAAUUACAAAGCAGUACCCCAAGGUCCAAACCAAGACCCUGGCUAUGGACUUCGCGCAGAAUGCCGAUGAGGACUACGCCGCGCUGAACGAGCUGGUUUCCGGUCUCGACGUGUCCAUCCUUAUCAACAAUGUCGGCCAGAGCCACUCCAUCCCCGUUCCUUUCGCCCAGACUCCUGCCUACGAAAUGAACAACAUCAUCACUAUCAACUGCACCGGUACCCUGCGCGUUACACAACUUGUUGUCCCCGGCAUGAUCCAGCGCCGCCGUGGUCUGGUUCUCACUAUGGGCUCCUUCGGCGGUCUGCUCCCUACUCCUCUGCUGGCCACCUACUCCGGCAGCAAGGCUUUCCUGCAGCAGUGGUCUACCGCUCUCGGUGCUGAGCUGGCUCCUCACGGUAUCGAUGUCGAGCUCGUCCACGCUUACCUGAUUACCUCCGCCAUGUCCAAGGUCCGUCGUGCUUCGGCCUCUAUUCCUACUCCUCGCGCUUUCGUCCGCGCCGUCCUCUCCAAGAUUGGUCGUCGUGGUGGUUCGUCAACCUACGCUUACAGCUCGUCUCCUUACUGGAGUCACGGUCUUAUGGCUUGGUUCCUGACCACUAUGAUGGCGCCCAUGAACAAGUUCGUCCUUUCUCAGAACAAGUCUAUGCACGAGUCUAUUCGCAAGCGUGCUCUGCGCAAGGCCGAGCGGGAAGCUCAGAAGAAGAGCACCUAA